AUGGCUUCUGAGGCAGCAUCCCAAGUCACCAUUGGGGCUUUAAGUGCCAUCUUUGAUGAAACGAAACCCCAAGUUCGAGAGCCGAUUGUUCAAUGCGUUCAAAUCAAGGCAUUGCCAGCUCAGCCGGGCCAACCAGAACGUUACCGGGCCGUAUUCAGUGAUAUUGCAAAUUAUGUUCAAACCAUGCUUGCUACUCAAGCCAACUCGGUGGUGACAGAUGGAUCUCUCCGGAAGGGUUCUUUCGUGCGUCUCAAGUCAUUUCAAUCAAACUCUGUUAAGGGCAAGAAAAUCCUCAUUAUCUUGGAUCUUGAAGUUCUAACGGAACUGGGUGAGGCUGAAAAAAUUGGUGAACCCAGACCACUUGAAGUCAAAACCGAGGAAGAGGAAGUGGGGCAACCGACAACAAUAUCCAGCAAUGGGUUUUACGGCUCCAAGAUGGAGGGUGCACCGGUUCAGCCAAAUAACCGAGUUCAGCCAAUGCCUGCCCCUAUGUCUACUUCCUCUGCCCAUGCCACAAUCUUUCCGAUUGAAGCCAUCUCCCCGUAUUCCAACAAAUGGACGAUGAAAGCGCGAUGCACGAGCAAGUCCAACAUCAAAACAUGGCACAACAAGAAUGGCGAGGGUAAACUGUUCAGUGUGAAUUUACUGGACGACAGUGGUGAAAUUCGUGCAACCGGUUUCAAUGAGCAGUGUGACAUGCUCUAUGAGCUCUUCCAGGAGGGAGGUGUUUAUUACAUUUCGAGUCCCUGCCGGGUCCAAAUUGCCAAGAAACAGUUCACAAAUCUCAACAAUGAUUAUGAGCUCACAUUUGAGAGAGAUACCAUCGUCGAGAAGGCCGAGCAGCAAAACGAUGUCCCUCAGAUUCGAUUCAACUUCACCACCGUUGCUGAUUUGCAGACCGUUGAAAAAGACACAAUCACUGAUGUCAUUGGCGUGCUGAAGGAUGUCGAGGAGACGUCCCAAAUUACAUCCAAAAGUACCGGAAAGCCCUAUGACAAACGUGAGGUUACGCUGGUCGAUAACACAGGAUUUUCUGUCCGCCUGACAAUUUGGGGUGCAUCUGCAAUCAAUUUUAGUGUGGCGCCCGAGUCUGUUGUUGCCUUCAAAGGAGUCAAGGUUUCUGACUUUGGUGGAAGAAGUCUGAGUCUUCUGAGUUCGGGCUCAAUGACUGUUGACCCUGACAUCGGGGAGGCUCACCGACUCAGAGGUUGGUAUGACGCCCAAGGCAGGUCGGAGAACUUCACAUCCCAUGCUUCAUUGUCAAAUGCGGCCAACUCCACAGGCAAAAAGGAUCCGUUCAAAACUAUUGCUCAAAUUCGCGAAGAGCAGCUGGGCAUGUCUGAAACUCCUGAUUACUUCUCUCUGAAAGCAACUGUGAUCUACAUCAAACAGGAUUCCACCUGGUGCUACCCUGCCUGCCUUUCUGAAAACUGCAACAAGAAGGUAACGGAACUCGAUCCAGGACAGUGGCGGUGCGAAAUGUGUGAUAAGACCCACCCCAAGCCAGAGUACCGCUUCAUCAUGCCUAUUAGUGUCAGCGACCAUACUGGCCAGCUUUGGCUCAGCUGUUUUGACGACACUGGAAGAAACAUCAUGGGCACAUCUGCUGAUGAACUAAUGCAACUUCGCGAAGACGAUCCAAGUGCUUUUGGUGAAGUCUUCCAGGCAGCCAAUUGCCAGACCUGGAGCUUCAGGUGCCGAGCCAAGAUAGACAAUUUCGGCGACCAGCAGCGUGUGCGAUAUCAGGUCUCAUCCUCCCAGGCAAUCGAUUACUCGGAUGAAGCCUCUCGCCUUGCCGAUAUCAUCAACUCCUACAGCCUUGAGUAA